AUGUUGCUACUGUUAGCGGUGUGGGUGACAGUGACAGUGACGGCGGUGGUGGCUAACCUCCCCACACCCUCGGACCUUCACGAGAUGGAGUUGUCCACAUUCUACGCGGACUGCUCCGUGUACGAAGACCCUGCACUGUUCGGAGGCCCAGUGUGCUGCAGCGACGGUCAGACCUACGCCAACUGUGUGCACAUGGCGUGUCUCAACCACUGGCGGGCACCAGAACAUAAGGUGAAGUUGAUGAGCAAGGGACCAUGUGAGGAGACAACGCUCCCUCCAACCUGGUCACCGGUGUACCUGCCAGUCUGCGGCCUGGACAAUCUCACGUACGCGAACAUCGAUGCUCUGGUGCUUCACAACGAGAAUUCGGGCUCGGGUAUCGAGGUGCAGUACGAGGGCGAGUGUAUGAACCCCACCGGCUCCUGUCUGGGUGUGGACGUGGGGUUCUGGAAGGACGCCGUGUGUGCCAGUAACGGGCGAACUUACCCCAGCGUCACAGCCGUCGCGGACAUGCGCAGAUUUGGCCAGUGUCUGGACGUCCUGCAUGACGGAGGGUGUACGGUGGAAGAGGUGAGGGAAAGGAUGAAAACACGCGCAGAAAUAUGCGAGUUGGCCCGUAGCUUCUACGAGUACAACCCCGUCUGCGGCAAUGAUGACAUCUCGUACGCCAACCCCUACAUCAUGCUUUGCUUCAGACCCAACGUGGAGGAGAAGUACAUGGGGGAGUGUGACUGCCCGGAACACAAGGCUUGUCAGGCAGCCGUGGACAUUGACUCAGGAGCGAUGGAAUGUCCCGGCCCUGUGUGCGGCAGUGACGGUCUCACAUACACCUCCAUCCACCAUCUCGACUGUGCCAAGAUCAACGACAAACACCUGUUCCUACUACACGAGGGCCCGUGCAGCCCGGCCGACAACCCCUGUGUGUCGAUGCCUCCGGUGGAUGAUGGUGGAUCGCCGGUCUGCGGCUCUGACGGCGUCACCUACGUCAACAGCUACGCUAUCUGGUGCAUGCAGCGUAAGGAAGAUCCUUACCUCCGGUUCUUCCACGACGGCCCUUGCUUCAGACGAUGUGUCGAGUGUUCCUGUAACCUGAGUUGUCCUGCCGUCUAAUGCCUUCUAUGCGACGUCGAGCGUGUGGCUUAAAAAUUUGUACUGCACCAUAUCUCUUAGAGGAUUUAUAGAAUUUUUCACCAAUUAUAUCACUAGACUCAAAAUCAAAGACAUGUAAAUACGUGAGACAACACCAGUCAGAAAGGAUUAGCUGAUAUACCUUGCAGAGCCUAACUGCUCGUUGAGAACAAAGCAUAUUAGUUUGUAUAUCUUUUCAUCACUCUGUAUGGUAAAGGGCUACUUUCCAGCACAGCUCAGAUCUACAAAAGACAUAGUUUACCUCAUAACUAAGCUGGUUUUCCUUCUCCCAAACAUUACUUUCCCCAUGAAAGAGUUCUUUCCUUAUGUCAACAUAUCUUGCACUCUGUAAACACAUCAGUGUGGUUCCGUAAUUGUUUUUGACAGUUUUAUGUUCAAUCAGCUGAUUUUAACACCAAAGCGAAUUAUAUAAUAGUGUUAUAUUUCCUUACUGAAGAAUUUAAAGCUUGCCUUUUCCUCGCUUGCAUUCUCACCCCACAAUAGGUCAAUUUCGAAAUUAUUAAUAAAGUGUACUAUUUGUUUAUCCAUUUUAAACUUUCAGCCCACUCUUUAAUUAGUCUUAAGAUAUAAGGAUAGUAUUUUUAUAAUAAACAUGCAUAAACAUAAGUUGAUUUAUUACAGUUAGUUUUGAGAAUAAAAUAAAUUGAUAUUCUUUGUAUCUCUUCAUAUGUUUAAAUUAAUUUAGUGAAAGUUAGACACAUUUAUGAUAUCUUAGUUGCAUGAAAUUUGUAUCUAUUUAUUUUUAAUUGCAUAUGUAUUAAAAAUCUUGUAGAAUUAACAUAAAUUAAGAGAAGGAGAACUUAAAAGAUUCAUGAAUGAAAUCCAUAAAUUAUUUUUACGAAGUUGCUGUAUUAUUAAAUAUUUUCUUUAGCGCAAAUGCAUAUGUGUAGAAUGCAGGUCUGCCCAACGUUUUGUACACUAAAGCAUUUAUUUUAUGACAAGAUUUACCCUUACACAAAUGAGUUUUUUUUAUAAACCAUAUAAAAUUUAGUAUUUAUUUUUGAAUAGUACUUUUAUUGAAAUGUAACUAAUUGAUGGUUGUUAUGGAAGAUAAAUAUGUUAUUACAUUUUUGUUUAUUAGUGUUAUUGUUUUUAUAUGUUUUGUAUGUAUUACUUAUUUGUUACUUAAGUUAAUAAAAUGUACACUAAAAUAAAAAAAUCUUGCUUC